UAACUUAGUAGUUAGCUUGCUAUUUACUUGCCAGCUUACCUAUUAUAUUAUGGUUGCCAUAUAGUUACUUCAUACUUGCUAGUUCAUUGAAAUUUACAUAGACUGUGGUAUAGAUGUCUGACAAGCGGCAAGAAUUCAUCACACAAUUAACACAAUCCAUUUCAUUAUUUUUUAAAGGAAACGAUUUAUAAAAAGUAUACAAAAAGCGCUUUUCACUUUAAGUUUAAGUAAUAAAUAGAUAAUACCGUAUACAUAAUAUAUGUAAGAAGUGUUAAAACGUCCGAAAAUUCUUGAAAUGAACAUGAGUAAAUUGCCAAGACUUUUUUGCUAGUUCAGUUUGGAAUAGAACUCUUUUUUUAAAACUACAUCAUGGACCAAAAAACGGAUGUUGUUGAUCUCGUUUCAACCUUGUUGGAUUCUGGAAAAUACAAAGAAGCUUUGAGUGUACCAAAUAAAAAGCAAUAUGCAGAAAGUUUUAAAGAUAACUGCUGGGAUUUAAUAUCUAUUGUAGUUAGCAAAGUUGAAAAUGACACUAUAACUUUAAAACCAUCACUCUAUGGUGCUUGUGAAGAACUACUCUCAGUUAUCAUAGAAAAGGCAACUCCUGAAGAGGCUUUACUUGAAAUUAUUGAACAAAUUGAAGUUGCUAAAAAUGAUGCACAAUUUAGUAUAAUAUUGAAUCCUUUGCAAAAAUUACUGAAAAAAUUGUCAGUAAAAAGAGGGAGAUCUUUAGAAUGGUGUCUUAACUCUAUAAGUACAUACAUAGAAGCAAUACCUAUUCCUGAUCACCAUUUAGAAGGAAAAGAGAGGUUGUUGAUGGAUAGUGACAGUAAUGCUAGAAGAAUAGUACAUGUGUACUCACUUUUACCAUCCUUCUACCAGCCCUUUGUUGAGGAGUUAUCUAAAAAUGAUUGUAAUAAUAAAACUGUUUAUAUUAUUGCUGCUUUCCUGAUAAGUCUUUUUGGGAAACCUUUAAUUUAUAUGGAUUUAGACCCAGAAUCUGGUAUAAAUAGCCAACUUCGACAAUGUUGUGAAACAAUUCUUAAAGAUGUAUGCACACUUGUAAAAAAUAUUUUAAAAUUCAUGCCAUAUCUUGAAAAUUCUUACAAAGAAAGUCAGAUUGCCAACUCAAAAAAGAAAACAUCAGACAAUGAUGAUGAUGUACAUCCAUAUGAACACAGAGAAAAAAUAAAUGUUACAACAUUAUCAGGAUUAUUCUAUCUAACAUUUUCUGGUGAUUUUGUAGUUCCAGAUUAUGCAAUCCCUCAAGUUUUCUCACAUGAGUAUAUGGUUCACAACAUUUUGUUAAGUGUAAAUCACUUCUUACAAUUUGCAGAGUAUGGCCCUCAAAUAAAAGGACUGACUCUAUGUAACAACAUACUCAAUCUUUAUGAAAAUAAAACAUCACACACAUUUCUCACUUUAUCCAUACAUUAUGAUUUAUGUAAAAGUCUAAUAAAUUUGUCAAUAUAUUCUAGUUAUGAAACUGUCCGUAAGAAUUCUGUUAAAUUGAUAGGCAUACACAUAAACAAAUUUGAUUACAAAGGUAGGAUAAUGCUAAUCAAAUACAUUAUUGAUAUAGCCAAUCAUUCAGGCAUGAUAGGUUAUGCUAUAACACAAUACAAAAAUUCAUUAGAUGAAGCAUUUAAAGAGUCAUAUUUACCAGAGUGCUUCAGUGGUGCACAAUUUCUUAACAUGGUCAAGAAAAUUUGUUAUCUCCCAUAUGGAGUUGAAUCUGACCUUGUAGAAUUAGCAGACCAGAUAAUUACAGCAUUAAAUUUCUUAAGAUAUUUGGCACUGAAAGAUGCCGAAAAUAAAACGGGAAUUCGGGAAUGUUUUCCAAUUAUUGAAACUGAUUACUUGGACAAUUUACGAACAGGCCUUAAUAUGUCUAAAGCUCAUUACGAGAUGAAGUUAAAAGAAUUAGAAGAAUCAAAAGACAUCUGUAGUAAAGAGGACAAAGUUUCUAUUAAUAUAGGAGGAAAAAUGCUGGACAAGAUUCCCACAAAAAAUAAAAAAGAGAUCAUUCACUCUGCACUCAAUGCUUUUCACUUAAUUGAAGGUCUUGUUGGCCGUUUAACUGAGUGUGUACAUAUAAACAAGGCACAUGUUUAUAAUGAAUAAUAAAUUGAUUUUGGUGCAUAAAUAAAUAGAAGUAAUAGAAAUUUGUCUUAUUGUUUUUUUUAAUUUCCUUUUUCACCCAGAAUGUUUAAAAGUGUAUCACAAUCAUAUCUAAUAAAAGUAUUGAUUUCACACAGUAACUUGUAAUAAGG